AAAAGAAAUACCAUCCUUCCGGUUAUUUGUUUUUUUUUUAACCGAUGACCGGUUAACCGUACAUUAUGAAAUAACCGGUUAAAAUCGACCAAUCAAUCUGGAAAAAAACAGUUAUUUUUGCCCAUCCCUAGCUUCGCGGAAGACGCAAACGAAAUGGCGUCGCGAUCUUCCCGUUUCCGGUGAUUUUUUGUGUUCUCGGCGUCUCCGGUGUGGUUUUAAGUUGAAUUUUGUUACAAACUUUAGUAUACCACUAUAAUACGCUAUAAACUAUAGUUUUUUAUAAGUUAUAUGUUCCGGAAAUCGCCCUUGCGUGCGUUUUAUUUGCAAACAACAGACUGCCUCUACCUCUUACGAUUUCAAGAUGGAUUCAACCUACCCAACAACGAAAAUCAAAGAGGAAAACGACGAAGCAGGGGCUUCAACAAGCAUAAAACUCGAGAAACCAGAUCUAGACGAUGAAACUAAUGAUGAUAGCGUUGGGUUUGAGGAAGUACAUACCUGGGUUGGCUCUUCUUCAGCUGUUCAUAUGGAAAUAGACAAUAAUGAAGCUAGUGGUUCCAAACCUAUCAAGAAAGAAAAAGUGAUUAAGCAAGAAAGUGAUUUAGGAGAUCAGGCAUCAUGUGAUAUAUUAGAUAGGAUAAAAAAAGAGCCUGACCCAGAAGAAUGGGACGAGCUAAACCCAACAGUAGACAUUCCUGAUAAGGUGGAACUAGGGGACCUGACAGCAGUUGGAGUUAAGGUGGAACCUGGAGAUGAACUAGACACCAGCAUCAAGAAAGAAGAGAUGGACACUACACAGCUGAAUGAAGAAGUGGACAUCAAGCCUGAUGAGCUGCCCAAUGCGGAUGUGGAUAGUGAUAGAAUGGGAAAAUGCAAGGAAAAAGGACUAGAAGUAAUGCACGGAGAGGCAGUGAGGGAAUUAUUCAUUUGUUACACAUGUAACUAUGAGACUAACUGUAGAGCGGAAUUGAUAAGGCACUUGGGUGAAGAAAAAUAUGGGUCUAAUAAGAGUGCUGAUGUGCUUAAUAUUUGUGUACAUUGCAAAGCCUCUUUCGUAAAAUCAGAAUCUCUAGAUGAUCAUAUAAUAAGAAAACACCCAGAUUUUGUAACGUCGGUUUCGCGUAAGAUAUAUGAAUGCCCAAAUUGCACUUUUAAGAGUGUCUCUAAGUACAAAAUACCUAGUCAUAUGAGAAGAGUACAUUCUGAUACAAACAGCUCGUUCUACGUGUGCACACAUUGUAAAUCUACUUUUAAAAAAGCGGAAUCGCUGGACGAUCAUAUAGUUAAAAUACAUCCAACUUUCAUAUCGUCGGUUAAAAGAAAAAUUUAUGAAUGUACCAGAUGUCCAUUAAAAACGGUAUGGAAAGGAAAGCUGGAAAAACAUAUGAUGAAGACACACCUGAAUUUACUAGUCGGUAAUUUGAUCAAUCCGUGCUCGUCUUGCGACAAAGUUUUCAAAAAUAAACAGUCGCUGGACGAGCAUAUAUUAAAGAAGCAUCCGGAUCGUUUUUGGUCUAUAACAAGAAAAAUAUUCGAAUGUCCAAUUUGUCAAUUUCAAACAAUCGCUAGAGAUAAACUGCAAAGACAUCGGAUGGUUCAUCACCCCAAUACAGCAUCUAACUUAUUCAUAUCGUGCAUGCAUUGCGACAGCGUGUUCAAAACUAAGGAUAUGCUAGAUGAUCAUAUAGUGAGAAAGCAUCCAGAUUUCAUAGCAUCAGUUUCACGCAAAAUACAUCAAUGUCCAAAAUGCCCGUUCAAGACCGUCAUAAAGUAUAAAAUAGAUGGACAUACGAGAUCAUAUCAUCCUGAUUCAAACUCACUUCUGCACACAUGCGCUCAUUGUAAAUCUACUUUUAAAAAGCGAGAAUCGUUGGACGAUCAUAUCGUCAGAGUACAUCCCACGUUCGUAUCGUCUGUUAAAAGGAAAAUACACGAAUGUACCAAAUGUGAAUAUAAAACGAUAAGUAAACGUACGUUGGAAAGGCAUAUGAUGGGUACACACCCUAAAGCAGCAUCCAGCUUGUUCGUCUCGUGUGUACAUUGCGAUAAACUUUUCAAAAGGAAAGUAGCUCUGGAUGAGCAUCUACUACAGAAGCAUCCAGACUGUUCCGAUUCUGUUGCAAGAAAAAUAUUCGAAUGUCCGAAUUGUCCGUUUAAAACAGUAGUCAAAAGCAUGCUCGGAAGGCAUACGAUGAAGUGCACACCCAAAAGCAGCAGCAGGAUGAAGCAGUCAAAAACAAACAAACGCUAGUUACAAGCAAAGUACGCACAGGAAACCAAAUUUUUACUUGUACAUUAUCUAAAGUGUUUCAAUGAUCAGCAGUUUCGUCUCCAAUGCUCUGUUGCAGAGGGCCAGAUCAUUUAUGAAUAUUCUAAAAAGCGUGGGACCUGUAACGGAACCCUGGGGGACCCCUGCUUCAUCUCUAGGACCUCAGGACAACUCCCUUAAAAGCUGACGUACUGCUUUCUUUCACUCGGUAGUUAUAUUCAAGGCUUCCGUACUUUGCCAGAUUUUUAUUUUCAUUCUUUCUAUUUUAUAACCCAUACACUGCCUGAACAGAUAAUUCCGAUUGACAGGAAAAAAUCGUACAAAAACCUGUGGUAGGAAACAGGCAAAAAUAUCUCAUCCAACAGUAAAAAAGACACCUUGUGGAACUGUAAACAUCAAGUUCACUAACGCCCUCACACACACACAUUACACAUAACAAAAAGUGGCGAAAAUAACAAUAAAUUUUUUCGCGGAAUAGGCAAAUAAAAUGAAAUAUUAUUAUCUAAAACGACAAUCAAUAGUUACAUAAAACAAGCUACAUACAUAUUUCUACAUUUGACUAGACUAGAUAGAUUGUACACAGAUGGGCGAUCCAAGUUGCACAUAUUAUUUUCUGCCCUCGAAAAAAUGCCGAAUUGCAACGUUGUAUUAGCACCGAAGACAGUCUAAAAAGCAUAUAAAGUAUAAAAUAAAUGGGCAUACGAGAUCAUAUCAUCCUGA